UCAGAGUUUACUGGGGGCGUGGAAUAAUAGAUAUUUCUGCAGCAGUGUGGAUCAGUCUAGGCUAGAUUCACUUCUAUUGCUGUUUUCUCGGUUUGUUUUCGAUCAGGUCCUUUAAAAUGUCUUUGGAAAUGUAUUUGGAUCUUCUUUCGCAGCCUUGUCGCUCUGUUUACAUUUUUGCGAAGAAAAACAACAUCCAGUUCGACUACAAGAAGAUAGCGUUGUUUGAGGGUCAGCAAUAUACUGAAGAGUUUGGUAAAGUCAGCAUGCUAAGAAAAGUACCAGCAAUCAGAGAUGGAGACUUUUGCUUGGCUGAGAGUAUUGCAAUUAUGAUGUACCUGGCAGAGAAGUUCCACACUCCCGACCACUGGUACCCAGUCGACUUGAAGAAGCGCGCCAAAGUAAAUGAAUAUCUGUCAUGGCAACACUCUGCCAUGCGUAUACAUGGAUCCAAGAUUCUCUGGUUCAGGCUCCUGAUUCCAGCUAUGGGGGUAGAGAUUCCUAAAGAAAAAAUGGACCUUGCACUAGAGGAUCUUAAUGAAUCACUGAAUCUUGUUGAGCAGAACUUUCUUCAAGACAAACCAUUCAUUUGUGGUGAUCAAAUCUCAUUGGCUGAUCUGGUUGCUAUAGUGGAAAUCAUGCAGCCUGUAGGUGCUGGUUUGGAUGUGUUUGAGGACAGACCCAAGCUCAGGGCAUGGAAGGACAGAGUCAGAGAAUCAAUUGGGGCUGAGCUGUUUGAUGAGGCCCAUCAGAGCAUCCUCUCUGCUCAGGAGAUGGUAGAAACCAUGGAACCCGGCAAGAUGGCGCCAUUUAAACCCAAAGUUUUGAAAUAUUUCCUCUAAAUCAACAAACUUUUGUUAAAACCUGCAGAUAUAAAAAUAUUUAACCUAUAAUUGUAAUACAUCUAAUAAUGGUCUCAUUCAUUACAUUCCAUGUAAGCAUUUUGUGUAAGAAUAAAAUGCAUUAAUUCAUUUGAAGUUUUCAUGGAAAAUAAUUAGCCAUCUUUUUGUGUGUACUUUACCUCAUGCAUGCAAUGAAAUGUGUGAAAUAUCAUGCCUCCAGCUGUACUCACUUGGACAUUUUUAAUUUCUGCACUCCCUGUGACCCAAAUCAUUUAAACCCUCUCAACAAAACAUUGUUCCAGAAAAUCACUUAACAGCCAUGGGAAGGGGCAAAGGAUGAAUGUUUCCUCCUCCUGUGUUUAAGGAAUUAUAACUUGUUAUCAGAUAUUAUUUCCUGUUUCCUGUUGCCUAUUCAGCACGAUAUAGAUUUUUUUUUUCCCUUGAAGAAAAAGAUGAGGGUUAAAUAACCCUGUUGAGAAAACAGCUAAAACUGGUCACCCAUGCCUGGCUGAGCUGGUUUGCCAGCCUGACCAGAUUUAAGUGCCAAAAAUCCCUCUAAAACCAGCCAGCUACUAGCUAAGACCAGCCAAGUAUAAAACUACAAAACCUCUAAAACCAGUCUAAUUACUUAUUUAUUUAAACAGGGAAAUGUAGCCUCUAAAAACUGAAAAAUCCAGUCUAAUCUAGUAGCUGGGUUUUUGGAACAUGGUAGCUGGUCUAACCUGGUCAUGAGCUGGUCCAAGCUGGUUUUUGGAACAUGGUAGCUGGUCCAAACUAGUUUUUGGAACAUGGUAGAUGGUCCAAGAUAGUUUUUGGAACAUGGUAGGUAGUCCAAGCCGGUUUUUGGAACAUGUUAGCUGGUCUAAACUGGUCAUGAGCUGGUCCAAACUAGUUUUUGCUACAUGGAAGCAGGUCCAAGCUGGUUUUUGGAACAUGGUAGCUGGUCUAAAUUGGUCAUAAGUGGGUCCAAGCUGGCUUUUAGAACAUAUUAGCUGAUCCAAAAUGUUUUUUGAAGAUGGUAGCUGGUUGACCGUCAAAGGACUAGUUAUGUUCCAAAACACAGCUACCAAUUAAAACUGGAUUUGUUUUUUUCCUGCAAUAUCUUUUACAGGUGUAAGGUGUUAGAUUCAUUACCCAUGUUUUAGAAUGUAUGUAAGUUUAGUUUACAUACAGUUUAUGGCUUGAAUUGCUUAUUUUCUUUUCUUACUUUUCCUUACCUUUCAAAUGCAGUUGGAA